ACGUACAUCUAGUCCUACGAACCAAGCUAGGACAGACCUCAGCGUGGGAUGGGGGGCAGUGGUCCAGCCAGCGGCACAUUGCUUUCUACCUUCCCCCCAGCCCCUCUGGAGCACUGUACCUGGAGUUUGCAAAGCACCCCUACCUACAUGUUCCUGGUGACAGGCCUUCACCCCCUAAUCCAAUACCAUCCCCUCCUGGUUCCUAGGACAGUGUCUGCCCUGAACAUAGCCCAAGGUUAGGGGUGUGGAGGGCUUAUACCCUUGAGUGACUUAAUGGGCCCUUUGCUCGCUCUACCCCAGACCCACCACUUCUGCCCCACUCAGCUCUCCCUGGAUCUGCUGGGUCCCGACUGGGACUGCCCCCUGGGCACCAAGGACCUGGAGGAAGAGGAGGGUCCAUGGGGAGGAGGCUCUGGCCUGCCGCCCCCAGGCUGCUUCCCUGGCUCCUGGCGCCAGGACGUGGGCCUGGACUGCAAGGGCUCCCUCGAGGGGGCGGAGGCCCGGGCCUGGACUGUCUACGGCUACAGCCUCCUGCAGAGCUGUCUGCAGCAAGCUGGCCUUCCGGAGACCCAGGACCGCAGCCAGGUGCCCCGCACAGGCUGCCCUGGUGCGGAGGUGACCUUAUGCAUUCUGGGAUCCCCCAGCACCUUUCUGUCUGUGCUCCUGGAGGGUGGGGUUCAGAGCCCGGGAAAUAUGCUCCUCUGCCUGUCCCCUGCUUGGCUGACGAAGGUGCCAGCACCCGGGCAGCCGGGCGAGGCGGUCCUGCUGGUCUCUAAGGCUGUGAGCUUCCACCCAGGGGGCCUGACAUUCCUGGAUGACUUUGUCCCCCCACGCCGAGCCACCUACUUCCUGGCGGGCCUGGGGCUGGGACCUGGCCGGGGUCGAGAGGCAGCUGAACUUGCCCGUGACCUGACCUGCCCCACGGGAGCCUCGGCUGAGCUGGCCCGGCUGCUGGAGGACAGGCUGCUGACAAGGCGACUGCUGGCUCAGCAGGGUGGUGUGGCCGUGCCAGCAACCCUGGCUUUCACCUAUAAGCCACCAGCCCUGCUGCGGGGAGGGGAGGCCACCCCGGGCCUACGGCUGGUGGAGCUGAGUGGCAAAGAGGGCCAGGAGACACUGGUGAAGGAGGAAGUAGGGGCUUUUCUGCACUCUGGUGCCCUGGGUAAUGCUCUGCAGGUGGCCGUCAAGCUCAGUGGCUGGCGGUGGCGGGGGCGACAGGCCCUGCGUGUGCACCCGCGAGGGGAGCUGGGCGCAGUGGCGGACACGGUGCUGGCCCUGCUGGAGAAACUGGAGGAGGAGGAGAGUGUCCUGGUGGAGGCUGUGUGCCCACCUGCCCGACUGCCUUUCCCAGGCAGUCCCCCACCUGGCCCUGAGCUGGCUGUGCGGAUCUGCGCUGUGGUCUGUCGGACCCAGGGUGACAGGCCCCUGCUGAGCAAGGUGGUGUGCAGCGUGGGCCGUGAGGACCGGCCUCUGCGGCACCAGAGCUCCUUGCCACAGACGCUGGAGGUGGCACUGGCCCGGUGCGGCCUGGGUGAGCCGGGGCAGGUGGCGGUCGUGCGACAGCGCGUCAAGGCGGUGGCCGAGGCCGCGCUGGCCGCAGUGCUGGCCCUGGAGGCCGGCCUGAGCGCGGAGCAGCGCGGCGGGCGCCAGGCCCGCACGGACUUCCUCGGCGUGGACUUAGCGCUGACGGUGCAGGGCCGCGCGCUGACCCCCGUGGCCCUGGAGCUGAACAGCGGCCCGUGUCUGGAGGCGUGCGGCGCGCUCGAGGGGCUGUGGGCCGCGCAGCGCCCGCGGUCGGCGGCCGAGGAAGCGGCGGCCGCGCCGCUCGUGGAGACCAUGCUGCGGCGGUCCGCGCACUACCUCAUGGAGGGCAAGCAGCUGCUGCUGAUCGGCGCCGGCGGCGUCAGCAAGAAGUUCGUGUGGGAGGCCGCGCGCCACUACGGGCUCAAGCUGCACCUGGUGGAGUCGGACCCCAACCAUUUUGCAUCCCAGCUGGUGCAGACUUUCAUCCAUUUCGAUGUGACAGAGCACCGGCGGGACGAAGAGAACGCACGGUCGCUGGCGGAGCUGGUGCGGGCCCGUGGCCUGCAGCUGGAUGGCUGCUUCUCCUACUGGGACGACUGCCUUGUGCUCACGGCCUUGCUCUGCCAGGAGCUGGGGCUUCCCUGCAGCCCCCCGGCUGCCAUGCGCUUGGCCAAGCAGAAGAGCUGCACCCAGCUGCACCUGCUGCGCUGCCACGGGCCCCCUUGGCCCGCGCCCUCCCUGCACGCCGUGCCCUGCUGCCCGCUGGAGAGCGAGGCCGACGUGGAGAGGGCUGUCCACCAGGUGCCACUGCCCGGCGUCAUGAAGCUGGAGUUCGGGGCGGGUGCGGUGGGUGUGCGGCUGGUGGAGGACGCGCCACAGUGCCACGAACACUUUUCCCGGAUCGCCCGUGACCUGCAGGGGGAGGCCGACCACCCCGGCAUUGGGCUGGGCUGGGGCAACGCCAUGCUGCUGAUGGAGUUCGUCGAGGGCACCGAGCAUGACGUGGACCUGGUGCUGUUCGGAGGGCGCCUGCUGGCCGCCUUCGUCUCCGAUAACGGCCCCACGAGGCUGCCUGGCUUCACGGAGACAGCAGCCUGCAUGCCCACCGGGCUGGCCCUGGAGCAGGAGGCCCAGCUGGUGCAGGCAGCCUUCCGCUGUUGCCUGGGCUGUGGGCUGCUGGAUGGGGUGUUCAAUGUGGAGCUCAAGCUGACCCAGGCUGGGCCAAAACUGAUCGAGAUCAACCCCCGCAUGGGCGGCUUCUACCUGAGAGACUGGAUCCUGGAGCUCUAUGGUGUGGACCUGCUGCUGGCAGCAGCGAUGGUGGCCUGCGGCCUGCGGCCUGCCUUGCCUACCCACCCACGGGCCCGUGGUCACCUGGUGGGGGUCAUGUGCCUGGUGUCCCAGCAUCAGCAGGUGCUGAGUUCCACCGCCAGCCGCGAGACCCUGCAGGCUCUCCACGACCAGGGCCUGUUGCGCCUCAAUUUGCUGGAGGAUAUCCUGGUGCCGGGCGAGUACGAGGAGCCCUACUGCAGCGUGGCCUGUGCUGGGGAGAGCCCGGCUGAGGCUCGCCUCCGCCUGCUGGGCCUCUGCCAGGGUCUGGGCAUCGAUGGGCCCCACUACCCGGUUGCCCACUUCCUGUCCCACUUCAAAUAGUGCCUCUCUCUCCCCGGACCCCUGCCCCAACCCUGGCUUGGCCCACCCUCAAGGCCUCAUGGCUGUUCCAGAGUGUCAGGGCCAUUUGACACGAAGGCCUCCCGAGCUUAAGGGCCAUAAAAGAAAGUAUGU